AUGAAUAACAAUAAUAAUAAUAAUAAUAAUAAUAAUAAUAAUAUAUUAUAAUAAUAAUAGUAAUAAUAAUUAUAACAAUUAUUGUUAUAAUAAUAAUAAAUAUAAUUAUAAUUAUAAUCUGGACUAUAAGAUGGUUCUUUUAUAAUUUUAAAAAAUUAAAAUCUAGUGAAUAAAAUUAGAAAUCCAAUUUUUCAUAAUCCUAAUGAUUUUCUGAGCAAAAAUGAUUCAAAUUGUACAUUAAAAAGCGUAAGUCCAGUUAAUAGGAGUAUUAAAAAUUAGUAUCCAAGUUGUAGUUCGAAGUCAUAAUUUAAAUUACAUUAUGUCAUUGGAAAAGGUGGAUUUGGGAAAGUUUGGAAGGUAGAACAUAGGAAAACUAGAUAACUAUUUGCAAUGAAAGAAAUGUCAAAAAGUUUGAUUAUUACAAAAAAAAGUGUUGAAUCUGUUAUGAAUGAGAAAAUUCUUUUAUAAUCACUUAAAAAUAAAUUUCUCGUGAAUAUGCUUUAUUCUUUUUAAGAUUAUGAAAAUUUGUAUUUAAUUCUAGAUUUAAUGCCUGGAGGAGAUUUAAGAUAUCAUAUAGUGCGUUAAAAAAGAUUUUCUGAAAAAUAAGCUUGUAUAUUAAAGUUUAUAUUUGCAUAUAUUUAUUUUUUUAUAUAAGUAUUUUUUGUAGCUUGUAUAGUUUAAGGUUUAGAAUAUUUACAUAAAAAUAAUAUUAUACAUAGAGAUAUUAAACCAGAAAAUCUAGUAUUAGAUAAUGAUGGAUAUUUGAGAAUAACAGAUUUAGGAAUUGCUAGAUAUUAUAAAUUUAAUAAUGCAAAAGAUACAUCAGGAACACCUGGAUAUAUGUCUCCUGAAGUUAUGUGUCAUUAAAAUCAUACUUUUGCAGUUGAUUACUAUGCUUUAGGUGUAAUUGUUUAUGAGUUUAUGUUAGGAAAAAGACCUUAUAAUGGUAGAAAUAGAAACGAAAUUAGAGAUUAAAUUCUUUCUAAAAAAGUAUAAGUAUAAAUAAACGAAAUUCCUUAAGGAUGGUCUUUGGAUUCUGUUGAUUUUAUCAAUAAAUUAAUAGAAAGAAAACCAGCAGGUAGAUUAGGUAUUAACGGGCCUUAAGAAGUUAAAUAUCAUCCAUGGUUAAAGAAUUUUCCUUGGGAGAAAUUAAAUUAAAAAUAAAUAAUUGCGCCAUUUAUACCAUAAAAAUAAGAUAAUUUUGAUGUUAAUUAAAUUUCAUUAGAAGAUUAAAAUAAUAUUGAUAUUUAUAUUUAAUCUUAAUUAUUAUUAAAAAGAUAAUAUGUUUAAAGUAUAUUAUUUUAUUUUUUAAUUUAUUUUAAUAUCUUUUUAGAUUUAUUUAGUGGAUAUGAAUAUGAUGUAGGAAAAGAAAAUAUUAUCUAAAAUAAUAAAAAUUUAAAUAAAAAUAAUAUUAAAAUUAAUAAUGUACUUUAAACUAAUAAUUAUUUACUAAAUGAUUAAAAAAAAUAUAUAUAAGAAUGA